AUGCAGUCGGCCACGGCGGACCAAGGCUAUGGUGACUCCGCGGGUUCAGCGGUGCAGGUGUGCUUCCCCAGUGUGCAGGCCUCAGUGCUGGACAGCCUGAAUCGGCAGCGUGAAGAAGGCCAUCUCUGCGACCUCUCCAUCCACGUUCAGGGCCAGGUGUUCAAGGCCCAUCGGUGUGUGCUGGCUGCAUCGUCACCUUACUUCCACGACCAGGUGCUGCUGAAGAACAUGUCCACCGUCUCCAUCCCGGCCGUCAUAGACCCCCUGGCCUUUGAGAGCGUCCUCAGUUGUGCGUACACCGGCCAACUGCGAAUGCUUCGCGAAGACAUCGUUAACUACCUCACCGUUGGCAGUGUGCUUCAAAUGUGGCACAUUGUGGACAAAUGCACUGAGCUUCUCAAAGAGGGCAGGGGAGGUUCCAGUGGACCUCAGGGAUCUGGAGACAAGGAGAGCGCGGGGCAGAGCGGCGGCGCCAACAAGAUCGCCCAAGCGGACGGAGGAGACGCACCUUCGACUCCUCAACCUCCCAGCCGACCGUCCUUCAGUGAGAGCCAGUCUCCAAGCAGCACCAAUUACUUCAGUCCUAGAGACGCACACUUCGGCGGGACGAUGGUGACCACCGGAGCAGUGGGAGAGAGUGCUGUUCACUCCACCCCAACCUACUGCAUGCCCUCCGGCGGAGAGGAAGGCUUCAUGAUCGAAGAAGACGACGACGAGCUCUUGUAUCCCAGGAAAAGAGAUCGGGGAGGCAAGCGAAAGGUCGCAACCUCCAUCUCCGAUCAAGAGGUUGGAGUGAGCGACAGUUUUGGAGUUUCUUCAUAUCAAGAUGGAGACUCUUCUCCACCCCAGAAGCGGCCGUCGUACAGUCAGCCGAGCAUCAUGCCCAGAAAACAGUGGGUGGUGGUGAAGACGGAGCACUCGAGAGACGACGACCUGAUCGUGGUGUCAGGAGGAGAGGAGGGAGAAGACGAUGAAGAGGAACGAGAGAUGGAGAUGAUCAGAGCUGACUAUUGCCAGUCCUCGGAAGACUACCUCAAGUUUGAGAGGGGUUUGAUCGACCAGACGUCCUCUCAACACCCUGCUGAGAAUCCCGGUCAGUGCUCCAGCAGGACCGUGUCCACCCGGCUCGGUUCGGUUCAGUCGACGGCCACCAGAGCUCAGCUCUUCCCUCUGGAUAUGCAGGGAAACCAGAUUCUCCUGUACAAUCAAGCCGCUCUGGAGUCUACAUCUCCAUUAGGGCUUGCAGGAGGCAUGUCAGGGGUGUCUCUAAAAGGUAGCCUCGAACACGGAGCGGUCCACUUACCCAGCCAAGGAGCUUUGGGGAGCGGGAUGGAAGGAUUAGACGGCGGCGCGGCUGGAAAUUCAGGCAAGGUCUUCAUGUGUCACUGCGGGAAGACGUUCACGCACAAGAGCAUGAGGGACCGGCACAUCAACAUGCACCUGGACCUGCGGCCCUUCCACUGCCCCGUCUGCGCCAAGAAGUUCAAGAUGAAGCAUCACCUCACCGAGCACAUGAAGACCCACACCGGUCUGAAACCCUACGACUGCCACGACUGCGGGAAGAAGUUCAUGUGGCGCGACAGCUUCAUGAGGCAUCGCUCGCAUUGCGAGAGGCGCAGCAGAGCCGAAGGAAGAGCCGGAUCCGAAAGGUCGGUCAUUUCUCCACCGCAUCACAUGAAGCUCGCGUCAGCCAACGAGACCAAUCAAGGUAACGUUGGUACCAGAAGCGGGAUCCCCGUUUUGUCUCAACAUUCCAUGAGCAGCAACAGCGUUUCUUGUCUCAACAUGGCCGCUUCUGGGCCUCUUCUUGGAAUCAGUUCUCAAAGUGGGCCGCAUGGCCUUGGAUCUAGCAUUUUGGGCAUUGGUGGCAAUCGUAGCGGGUGUGUGGAAGAAGUCUGUGAGGGUAACGUUGAUGAAAGCAGCGUCACAUAAGAGGUUUCCCUCAGAAACCACCAUCCCAUAAAACCAGAACACUUGUCUUUGGUUUCAAGGGACUAUGGGCCAGAUUUACUAAACAGGGCAAAUUAGCGUUAAAGCGCAAUUCCAUAAAAGCACCGAUGGGAGG